AUACAACCGCCUAGAUAACCACGAUGAGAGCACGAGGAGGAAUCCACGUUGCAUUAUCUCGUGCCCAUUUCGGUGCUUCACUCCUUUUACCGUUUCCCUUUUCCCUUGUUUCUCCGUAGACUCCUCCAUGGCUGUCAGAUAACGUGCAACUUCCCUCCUGCAAUGUCUCCCGACGCGAUGGCGGACAAGCGAGGCCGCAUCGUUGCGAGCGUCGCUGCCACCGCGAUAGCGCUGGCCUGUGGAUCCAACUAUGUCUACUCCGCGUGGGCGCCGCAGUUUGCAGAGCGACUCGGGCUCUCAGCGACAGAGAGCAACCUCAUCGGGCUCUUUGGCAACUUGGGCAUGUACACAAUGGGCGUGCCCAUAGGCAUGUUCAUCGACAAUGGAGGCCCAAGACCAGCCGUUCUAGCAGGCUCCGUCCUGCUCGCCGUCGGCUACUUUCCUCUCCAUCGUGCGUACGACAGCGCAUCAGGGCCGGUCCCGCUGCUCUGUUUCUUUUCGUAUCUGAGUGGUCUCGGCGGGUGCAUGGCCUUUGCCGCCGCGGUCAAGACAUCUGCCCUCAACUGGCCUCAAGACCGAGGCACUGCCACCGCAUUUCCCCUCGCGGCCUUUGGUCUCAGCGCCUUCUUCUUCUCGCUGCUGGGCGGCAUGCUCUUCCCAGGCGACCCCAGCAGCUUCCUGCUGCUGCUGGGGGUCGGGACAUGCGGAAUGACCUUGGUGGGCUUCUUCUUCCUCAAGGUCUACCCGCACCAGCACUCCAGCUACCAUGCGCUGCAGUCUGGCGAUGGCGAGGAGGACGACGCGGAGGAUCUUGUGCCCGAUCGUCCAGCCCGCCUUCGGCGAACCUCCUCCAAGGAACUCAAGGCUCGUCGAGCCAACGGUAAUGAUAUUGAACCCGGUACGUCGGAAUCAGCUUCACACACCACCACCAUCACAAGCACAGACACUACUGCCAGUACUGCUGCUACUACUACCAUCAGCACCACUGCCUCCCCCAAUCCUUAUACGCCAGCAUCUGUUGGCGAAGCCGCGGCGUCCCGUCGUGAAGAUCCCGACGAGACCACGCCCAUCUUUCCCAGUCCCCGUGAUUCCUCUGAGGAUUUGGUGGCGGACAGCAUUAUUGAUUUGGAUCGUUCGCACCGAGUAGAUAUUCGCGGACUCAAGCUCCUCACAAACUUUGAAUUCUGGCAACUGUUCCUGAUCAUGGCCAUCUUGGCGGGCGUCGGUCUCAUGACCAUCAACAACAUUGGCAAUAACGCCAAGGCCCUCUGGAAGAAGUACGACGAUUCCGUCAGCUCAGAGUUCCUGGUGUCGCGUCAGCAGAUGCAUGUCUCCAUCCUGUCGGUCUGCAGCUUCCUGGGACGAUUGUCCAGUGGCGUCGGUUCCGAUUUUCUCGUCAAGCGCCUGCACGCUAGUCGCGUCUGGUGCCUGGUGCUUGCCACCGUCAUCUUCUUCUGCGCCCAGGUCUGCGCUCUCAACAUUGAGAAUCCGCACCUGCUGGGCUUCGUCUCCAGCCUCUCGGGCCUGGGGUAUGGCUUCCUGUUUGGCGUCUUCCCGUCCAUCAUUGCCGAAACCUUUGGUAUCCGUGGCUUGAGCCAGAACUGGGGUUUCAUCACGCUCGCCCCCGUCGUCUCCUCCAACGUGUUCAACAUCUUCUACGGGCAGACGUACGACGCACACACUGUCAAGCGCCCCAGUGGCGAGAUGAUGUGCAUGGAUGGGCUGGAGUGCUACAAGAGCGCGUACUGGAUGACCUUUUGCUCCUGCGUUGUAGGGCUGGGUGCGUCCCUGUGGACCAUUCGCCAUCAGCAUGUCAGGCACAAGAAGGAACUCUCCAAGGGCGAUGAGGAGGACUAGAGGUUUGAUGACCGUACCAUUGGAAGAAAUACAUUAGAUCUCAGGUUAUUUCAAGAGCGCUAGAGCAGAGCAUAGAAGGGCUUUAGGGCACCGCAGAUCACACGGCUGCCGGC